CCUAGGGCUGGGGACAAUCAGUCUACAUUACUUGAGUCGGUUCAUACUGCUUCCCAAGGAAACCAGCAGCAUAUCCCCGAUUCUUCUUUAACCAUAGAAAUCAGCCAAAACGUAGUCAGAAUCAGAAGAAUGAAGGAGGAGGAGAGUAUCGAGUCUCGCGUGCAGCAAGCUAUGCACUCUCGCGUUCAACAUUUCAGAGACCUAGCCGACUCUUUAACUUUUGAGGGAGUUCGAAGAUUAUUGGAGAAAGAUCUGGCUUUAGAUACAUAUGCAUUGGAUAAACAUAAGAAAUAUGUUAAACAAUUGUUGGAGAAGUUAUUGAGUGACAUAGAAGGUGAGGACAAUGUUUCCAAACAAAUUAAAUCAGAGAAGGUUAAAAAGGAAGAGGAAGAGGAAGUGGAAGAGCAACCCAAAGAGCAAAAAGUAACAGGUGAUGAUGAAGAUAAAAUUGAAGACUCCCCUGUAAUGGGCCUCUUAUCAGGAAACAAAUCAGCCAAAUCUGAAAAACCUAAAACUCAGGACAAAAUACCCACUGAAGACAUGAUAAAGAAGGCCAUUUGGAAAAAGGCAACAUACUUUCGAUCUAAAUCCGAGGAACUUACUGUGGCGGGUGUACGUCGGCUUAUAGAGGAAGAUCUUGAACUAGAAAAAUUCUCUCUUGACCCUUUUAAGAAACUAAUAAGUAAACAAUUAGACGAGGUUUUAAAUUCUCAAAAUGACACACCAAAUAAAUCAGAUGAUGCUGAUUCUUCACAUAGUGAAAGUGAAGAGAAAGAAGUUGAAGUAAAACCAAAAAAGAAAUCGGCUCCAAAAACAAAACCUCAAAAAUCUGAAGCACCCAAGAAACGUAAAAAACCUGCUCAAGAAACCGAGCAACCGAAGAAAAAAAAGAUGAAAAAUGCUGAAGAAACAUCUGUUAAGAAGAAAAAUGUAAAAGAUGCUGACGAGGAUUCUUCGGGUGAAAAAUCCGAAUCCUCUGCUGAAAAAUCUGAAAAAAAGGAAGUGGUAGCACCUGUUUAUGGAAAGAAAGUGGAGCGACUCAAAUCGAUUAUUAAAGCUUGUGGGAUGAUUGUUGCCCCUACAGUAUACCGGAAAGCUAAGCAAGCUCCUGAGGAGCAACGUGAGGCGAUCUUAGUAAAGGAACUGAAAGAGAUUCUGUCAAAAGAAGGGUUAUCUUCAAACCCUAGUGAAAAAGAAAUGAAAGAAGUGAAACGGAGAAAAGAAAAGGCGAAAGAGCUGGAAGGAAUUGACACAAGCAACAUUGUUGUGGGUUCACGCAGAAGAUCAACAUUCAAUUUUGUGGCCCCACCUAAACCUAUAGUAGAUGUCCAGAGUGAUGGUGAUGAAUCAUCAGAAGACUCUGAUGAUUCAGAGGACUCUGAUAAUGAAGAUGCUGAUGGUGAUGAUCAGGAAGAAGGUGAUGACAAAGAUGGCGAUGAUAAAAAUGAUGAUGAUGAUAAAAAUGAUGAUGGUGAUGAUAAAAAUGAUGAUGAUGACAAGGAUGAUGGUGAUGGUAAAAAUGAUGAUGAGGAUAAUAAGGUGGACGAGAGUAAGAGUGAAGAGGUAACAGGGAAGGAUGAGAUGGUUUAAUAUGAAAUCAAUCAUUAUGAUGUUACAACAUUUAUAAGCGGUUGCAUUGCAAUAGCUUUUUUAUUUUUUCUAGAAUCCCCAUGUUUUUUUUAGACCGGUUAACUUUUAUAAGUAUUUAGAAGUACUAAGACCCAUGUAUUAUUUAUUGAUGUGGCUGCCUAUAUAUUCUAUACAUUAAGACUAGUAAUUAAUUAUUGCCCCC